UCAUUUUGUCCCCCGACUCUGGGCUUUGAGGGUCAGUCUCUCUGCUCAGGACCCAGAGCGUCCUGCGAAGCCACUGGCAGCUGCGCACCCCGCCGCGCGUCCCGCCCCGAGGGGCGGGGUGUGACCAGAGAAUUUGGAUAGGAGGCGCGGUGGGAAACACCCCGCCGCCCGCGGAGCUUCCUCGGCGGCGCAACCUCUUCGGCGGAGACGCGCGCAGAACGACCGGGAGGCUUCUCUGCACCCGGACCCCCGCGGCCCCGGUCCUCCCGCAGCCUCCGCUCCGGCUCGCCGGGCCGCCGGUCAUGAGGCCGCUGUUUUACCGCUGCCACAACACCACGUCGGUGGAGAAGGGCAAUUCGGCGACGAUGGGCGGGGUGCUCUUCAGCACGGGCCUCGUGGGCAAUCUGCUGGCCCUGGGACUCCUGGCGCGCUCCGGUCUGGGGUCGUGCCCGCCGCGCUCGCCGCGCCCGCCGCCCUCCGUCUUCUACGUGCUGGUGUUCGGCCUGACGAUCACAGACCUCCUGGGCAAGUGUCUCGUGAGCCCCUUCGUGCUAUCCGCCUACGCGCAGAACCGGAGCCUGCGGGAGCUGGUGCCCGGAUCGGACAGCUCUCUGUGCCAAGCCUUCGCCUUCAUCAUGUCCUUCUUCGGGCUCGCCUCGACGCUGCAGCUGCUGGCCAUGGCCCUGGAGUGCUGGCUCUCCCUGGGGCACCCCUUCUUCCAUCGACGGCACCUCACCCCGCGCCGGGGUGCAAUGGUGGCGCCGGUGGUGGGCGCCUUCUGCCUCGCUUUCUGCGCGCUACCCUUCGUGGGCUUUGGGAAAUUUGUGCAGUACUGCCCUGGCACCUGGUGCUUCUUCCAGAUGGUCCACGAGGAGCGCUCGCUGUCGGUGCUGAGCUACUCGGUGCUCUACGCCAGCCUCAUGCUGCUGCUGGUGCUCGCCAUCGUGCUGUGCAACCUGAGCGCCAUGCGCAACCUCUAUGCCAUGCACCUGCGGCUGCGGGGACUCCUGCGCCCUGGCUCCAGGGAACGCGGCGAGCCGGGCGCCGGCGAGAGGGAGGCGACCCCGCUGCACCUGGAGGAGCUGGAUCACCUCCUGCUGCUAGCACUCAUGACGGUGCUCUUCACCAUGUGCUCCCUGCCUUUAAUUUAUCGUGCUUACUAUGGAGCGUUUAAAGCUGUUCCUGAGCAAAAUGGAACCACUGAAGAAAUUGAAGACCUCCGAGCCUUGCGCUUUCUCUCUGUGAUCUCAAUUGUGGACCCUUGGAUUUUCAUCAUUUUCAGAACAUCAGUGUUUCGAAUGUUUUUUCACAAGAUUUUCAUAAGGCCUCUUAUAUACAGAAAUUGGCACAGCAAUUCUUGCCAAACUAACAUGGAAUCCAGUCUAUAACUAUGUUACCCUCUCUCAUAAACUCAAGAAUACAUCUCAUCUUCUGCAAAGAACCGUGAGCCACAAAAAAAUCUUAUAAUUUAUAUCCAUAAAAGGUAUGUUCCAUAACAAAAUAUCUAAAUGUAUUUUCAAAACUGUUUGUUCAUUCUUAAUGUGUUGUCCCUCUGUAUUCAUGAAUCAGUUCAGUGGAGUUUUUCAUUUUGAGUUAUAAUAUAAUAACUAUUAUUAUUAUAACUAAUAAUAGUUAUAAUAGUUUUUCAUUUUGAGUUAUACCAGUUAAACUGGUAGCUCAGUUGCUAAAGAAUCUGCCUGCAAAGCAGGAGACCCAGGUUCAUUCUCUGGGUUGGGAACUGGGUUUGAUCCCUGCGUUGAGAAGAUCCCCUGGAGAAGGAAAUAGCAACCCACUCCACUGUUCUUGCCUGGGAAAUCCCACGGACAGAAGAGCCUGAUGGGCUACAGUCCGUGGGGUCACAAGAGUCUGAUGCAACUUAGCAACUAACCCAAACAGUGUUUAAAGUCUUAAAGCAAUUAUAGUGAUUGUUUCAAUGUUUGUACUUGUUGUCCCUAAUUUUUUAAGGAGACCUUAGGCCUCUGGGUCUUUAUUUAAAUCCAGAAGAAACACCACUGUUUACAAUUAUGUAAUAGGUUGUUCUUAAAUUUUCUUAUUCUCCUUAUUUCUAGUGAAACUUGAUUUGUUUAUUGUGUAUCACAAUUGCCCCUAAUUAAGUCUUAUCUUUGCCAACUGAUUCAACUACAGCCUGAAUUAGAGAUGCACCUCCUAAAAGGGAGGUGAAAAUGUCACUAGAUCAGGCAUUUGGAGCAUCCUUCUCUGGCCAACCCCUGAGAGAAGGCUCACUGCCUUGUGUGAAGAGCCAAAGCUAUAAAUACGUAAAUGCGAGGCAAGGUCUACAAUCCAAAGAAGAAAAAAAUUCCUUUUAUCCUUUAAGUCCAAUUUCUUAUUUGGAGGGUGUCCGUAGGCAUGAAAAUUUGGGAGUGGGCUACAAAAUGUUUCAGUUUUUUGGAACUUCCAUUUUGUAGGCUUAUCAUAUUGAUGGAUUCUUUGGUGGGGAGGGAUUUAUCGUUCGUUGAAAGACUGGGAUGUAUAAUUUCCCAGAAAGCAUGUUUACUACAAAUGGCUAUAACAGAGCCAGGCAUUCAGCACAGCAACAAGCUCACCGGGACUCAGUCAGCCUCAGCUGAGCAUGGUGGCGAUGACCUUAACAGCUACCUGUUAAAGCCAUAUUCUGCCCUUGGUGGAGAUGGUAAGAUCUUACAGAGGUUCCUGAGAAAUACAGUUUCAAGCUGGAGCAGGAUGUGGCUCAGAUGGAGCACAGCCAAGCACUUUAAGAGUACAUUUAAUUGUACAUAAUGUUUACAAAUGUUAGCAACACUAUGACCAAAAGGGAAAAGUGGGGAAAAUACAGCUGCAGCUGUUAAACCAAACAAGAGACUGUAGACACAGCUUGCAGGGAAGAACUUUCACCUUGGGUAGAAGAAUACACGAGGGCAUCAGAGGGCUUUUGGCAUCUGUGGGGCCCCUUUAUACCCAACACAGACUCUGAGCUGGAGAACCAGCUAUGUUUGAAUAGCCUGAGACCCCCAUUUAGCCAUCCCUUCCAAAGACUAGAGUAUUUGCCUUAUUUCCAGUUUAGGAGCAGCCCCGCUUUUACUUCUGGUUUAUCUCAGAGGUGGUAUUAAUGUGGAAAUAUGUGUGUAUUUUUUGUGUGUACCAAAACUGUGAAAUGGUCAAAUACAGGAAUACACAAAUUAUAAUCUGAGAGUGUGAUGUGAUGCAAAAUACACUUGUUUUAAACUUUAAUUCUUGCUUAUGUACUUAAUGUGUAACUGCCUGUGUGUUUUAUUGUCAGAGGAAGUUCAUUUUUUUAUGCUCUCCUUUUGGAAAGUGUUAUGAUCAUUGUCAAGAUCAUUUGAAAAGUUCCCAGAUGAAUCAAUAAACAUAAUUUUAUAAUA